AUGCCGGCUGAUAGAAAAGGCAAAUUAGCACAAGUAGCUGGUAAAAGAGAGCAAGAAUUUUUAGCAAUAAUAGCUUAUGAAACAGUUGCUGCACAACUACGUGAAUCAUUUGGCUCUACAUCUACUAAUAUUCAACAUACUUCUGAUG